AUGUUCUUCUCUCGCGUCUACCUCUUCGCAUUUGUUCUCGCGCUCGCACUCUGCGUCGCAGCCGUUCCGACCGGCCAGAAGCGCGCGCUCAAGCAAGCGACCAUCGCGCGUCGCCAGCCAGGGGCCGAACCUGCGCCCGCCCGCCGUGCCCCGGCGCCGUCCAAGCGCCUUGCAGCCCGUGCGCCCACGCCGUCCAACUACAAGCGCUACGUGGCCAAGCCGGCCGAUGUUGCGCGCGGUCUCGACCGCAACUGA